AUGUCAAUCCCCCUCGACUUCAUUCAAACUAUUACAGUAUCUGCCCUAGAGUACCCUCUCUAUGACCACUUUUCCAAUCCUACCAAAUGCUACUUCGCGCUGGGCCCUGUUUCCAUAUGGGACGUCACAGACCUGGAUGGCAAAGGUCGCCCAAAGUCAUUUCCAGCAGCCCUCAACCUCAAGUCCACGUUUGAAGUUCAACUGUCCCCGGCAGGCAUCGCGGCUUUACCAAACCUCACGCCGCCAUAUACGCUGACGGCAAAGCUCGACGCUUGGGACAUUUUCAACUCCAAGGAAGUCGUUGACAUAACCACGGGGCCAAAGAACCUUAGUUUGCUUCAACCAACGGUCAAUGGGCAGCCCAAGUCACUCCCGUGGGCGCUCUAUGGAGAUGCGAUAUGGACGCUUAAAGGCUCCAAAAGCGACCAGCCUCAAUACACAUGCGAGACCACCAUUGAAGUCUUCGUCUUGCCUACGAACUUGCCACCAUUCUUCGAUAGGUCUGGCAUCCCUCUGGCUUUUCUCCGACUUAGCAACUAUCUUCCCACAUGGAUGCAAACACCCGAGCAAGUUCCCGGAAAGACUGCUAUAGAUUGGCCGUCUUUUGCGGUCAAUGCCGUGUUUUCAGAUCCACGGCUGGAGUACGAGACUUGGAGUGGAGCCCGCAAAUACUCCAGCUGGAGUCCAACGUCGAGCCCGCGCACCCCCUUUACGGCCAAUGAAGGCAUCGAAUGCUGGUUUGAUCUAUGGCUGUCUGACCUUCAAGGUGUGACCAAGAAAGGCCUGAAACAUGCCGUCAACUGCUACGGCCUAGCUGCUCUCUGUCAGGCUGUUGUGUCACUGGGUGUUGAUUCAACCGUCAACUCUGUGCGCAUGAAGUACAUGAAGCCCUUUGGCUACAUCAACCCCACACAUCUGAUUGGUAGGGUGGAAAUUCCCCCAAAUCCGAAGAAUCCAGACGCCCAAUGCAACAAUCCCUUUUACGGCAAUCCGGACUACAAUCCUCCGAUGCUCUGCGAUUUUGACACUGCGGGACGUUCUGCUUUUGACAAUCACAUGUUUCUCACCAUCAACAAAGGCACGUCGCCUUUCGUCUUAGACGCUUGCUGUGGACCUCAACUAGGGACAAACAAAUCACGUCCUGGUGCUCUGGGUGAUAUUGCAGAUGGGGUUGGUGUCACUGACACUGUUAACUCCCGUUGUUUUGAACGCGUAGGCGCCCCAGAUCCAAACUCGCCUGCGUUGAUCGACAAGAUGGCCUUGGACAUGCAAAAGUACUGGUACCAACCAUAUCUCUCUGCGCCAGCCGGAAACUGGGAAGUUACUGCUACCUGGACUUACUUACCGUUUAUUGACAAACAAGAAAUUAUUACUGCCAAUGUCUUUACCUACUCAUCAUAUUAUGAGGUUAAUGAGGCGUACGAAAAAAGAAUUGCUGACAUUCGUGGGUGGGUCGGGACGAACAAUCUACAGGAUGGUUUUAGUGACAUGAUGACUGAAAGCAUCCGCAUCUUCUGUGGCCCUCUUCGUCUCUACUUGGCUAUAGUGGAGGCGAAACGCGGAAAAUCGGAUACGGCGGUUCAACUAAAGACCAAGUUGCAGUCCAUUCUCAACAACAGCCUGUCGCAAAACCCGCAACCAACGAGUUACAUCGCCAGCGUCGCGUGCCAGCCUCAAGCAGUUUGCCGAAUAGGAUACAUUGCAACAGUGACUAUCAAGGUGAAUGUCUAA